UUUGAAUACACUUUAAAAUGAAUCGUAAUUGAUUGAAUAACUCAAAACUAUAGAAAUCAUCUAAAAAAAGGAAAAUCACAUUUUAGAGAUUAUUUAUCAAUUUAAAUAUGGCUGCGCCCAUGUCUUCUCAAAUCAAAACACGCAAGGAAAUGAAAGAAAAUAAUGCCGAUCAGCCCAAGAGUAUUUCAUCACAGUUGCUAUACUCAGACACAUUUUCAGAAUGUUACCAAGAGAGUCAUUUGUCUUUUGUUGGAAAACAAACUUCAUCAAUUAUAUCAAACAGCAAUGGACCACCCACAAUUACAGCUGUACCACAGAGUUCAAUUUUAUCCAGGCUAAAAGACUUCCUCCCACAAUUAUCAGAAGCAAACAAAACAAUGGCAUCCCAGCUUGUUGAGCCUUCAUGUGAUAUUGAUAAGUUCAAUAUUGAAAAACUCAGUCAAGAUGAUCAGCCUCAUAUUGAAAUGAAUCUGGCAUUGUUACCACCAGAAAUGUUAGAAGAUACAGACGAUGAUUCAAGCUCAGAAGAUGAUAGUUCAGACAGCGAGGACAAUGAGGAGGCUCCCGAAGUUAACCUGAAAUUCAAAAAAGAGCAAGUGAAGAGAAAGAAAGUAAAUAUUGAAGAGGUUAUACCACAGACUGAAGCUACACCAGAUACGUGAAAUGUGGUUCUGUUUAUUUUAUAGUGUUGAUUGAUGGAGUGUAUGAUACAGUUUGUAUGACAGUUGUAGUUUACUUGAUCUAUGUCUGACAGCUCGGUUACAUUUGAGUGUAGGAUAAUUUUUUAAAUGUGCUUAACUCCCUUUGGCAAAAGGUAUCUUAUAUGGGAGUUAAUCUGUUUAAAUACAAAGAAACAUAAAAAGUGGAUUAAUUCCCUUUGACCACUAUCAGCGUUUUAGCUCUAACGUUGAUACAAAUUUAUAAAAUUAAAUUUUUGAUAAGAGCGUGUGUUUAUGCUCAUUUAAAAUGGAAAAAUAUGGUGAUGUUUAAUCCUUGUGUUCUUUUACUACUCAAAUUUAAAAAAAAAACAAAUACCAUUGGUAAUGAGAUAAUUUGUGGAUUUUUUAAAUAAUGUAGGAUGAUAUAAACAUGACUGUAAUGUAAAU